CAAAUUUGUAAACAGUAAUUACUUUCAACAUAUUUUUAUCUAAAAUGAACAGUCAAGAUAUAUAUCAUAAAUGUGGAGAAAUAUUUUUUGCAAAUCAGAAGAGUUAUUAUUUUCUAUGUUGCUACUGUAACGAAUUAUUUCAUGAGUUUCCGGAAUUUCAAACACAUAGCUUAUUACAUGUAGGUGCAACAGACUCCUUAAAUGGAGCCGAUAUCAUCCAAACUCAAAAUAAGUUGAAAAAGAAAUGUGACUUCAACGAUGAUUCUGUUAAAGAUGAAGACAAUCAAGAUUUUUCAGAUCAUUGUGAAAGACUUGAAUUGAACAAUAAACUAAAUAUAAAUUGUAAUGAGAAAGAAAUUUUUACUGCUACAGAAAGCAAAGAAAAUAUAAAGAAUGAAAUUUCUGAAGAAAUCAACUGUCCACAUUGCAAAAUAUCUUAUGUAUCUAAUUCACACGACGUACAAAAGUGCUUAAAUAUACAAGAUACGAUAAAAAAAUUUGAUGGGGACUUCAUAAAAUUACUGCGAGAGGGUAUACUUUGCUGUAGUUUUUGCAAACAAUAUUUUGAAGACUACAAAAGGUUGUAUGAGCAUCACAUUGAUACAGAACAUUGCUUUCAAAAAUUUCAAUGCAAAAUUUGCAAAUUUUAUGCAUUUAUGGAUGCAAAAAUCAAAAUAAAUAAAUCAAAGGUAGCGAAGGAUGAUAGGCUCAAAAUUGAGUCGAAAGAAAUCAAAAGUCAAACCAAGUGUGAAAGUUGUAAUAUCUAUUUUGACACAAAAUCUGAAUACAAUUCUCAUUUGAAUUUAGUUCACGAAAAAAAUGAAAUUAAUGAAUAUGGUCAUGAUAGUGAUUAUAUUUCAUCAUUAGACUCAACUGUCUUACAAAGCCUUGGUGAACUUCCAUUUAAAUGUACUUUCUGUGAAAGGCUUUUCAGAAAAAAAUCACAAAUGAAAACACACAUGAGAAUUCAUACAAAUCACAGACCUUACAAAUGCGAAUUAUGUUCCUCAGCAUUUACAGUAGCAGCCAAUUUGAAAAACCAUAUUGUAUAUAAACACACUGAUGAUAAGCCAUUUGUAUGUGAAUAUGAAGGCUGCAAUGCUAAGUUCAAACUAUAUAAUCUUAAAAAGCAGCAUGAAAAAAGGCAUUUACCAGCUAACUUUCAAUGUGAAAUAUGUGGGAAUUAUUAUAAGACGAAAUUCUGUUUACUAAAACACCAACAAAGCCGGCAUGAGGAUGCUCAGAAUUGGCCACAUCAAUGCGAAAUUUGUUGCAAGCGGUUUGCAAGAUCACAUCAUUUAGUUGAGCACAAACGCAUUCAUACUGGAGAAAAACCAUUUGGCUGUGACUUAUGUAGCAAAUUCUUUAGAAAAAGAAGCGCUUUGAGAGAACAUAAAAAACUACACAGUGACGAAAGAAAAUAUAUUUGCCGUUUUUGUGGGAAAGGUUUUAAACAAGCCGCUGGUUACUGGGGGCAUAUGAAAAGGCACCCUCCCUUGAGUUAAGUUUUAUAGCAAUAUAAGAUAUUUUGAUAGAUAAAUUUAGUUGUUUUUUUUUAAUUGUUGUCCAAUACCUAUGUAAAUAAAAAAAAAUUUCCACAUUUUUAUAUAUUAGUUGACCUUAAAAUAAAAACAAAAACGACAAUUUAAAUAAA